GGCGCUUUAGCUACUCAUUCAUAUAUUCGUCGCCGGUACUGGAUUCUGGACGGACGUAAUGUAGUACGCAAUCGACUGCGCAGGUGCAAUCGAUGCUUCUCGUGCAAACCUCGUCCCCUGGUACAACCAAUGGGCAAUCUGCCCCCGGAGCGACUAUCCUCUGCUAUGGCCUUUCUUACCACUGGUGUCGACUACGCCGGACCCUUUUACGUCACGAGUGCCCGACUACGUGGGGCUGUCAGCACGAAGGCAUACCUGGUUGUUUUCAUCUGCUUCACCACCAAGGCAGUUCACCUAGAAUUGGCAUCUGAGCUGUCCACUCCAGCGUUCAUCGCUGCUUAUCGGCGGUUCGUUGCGCGCCGCGGUCACCCUUCCGUCAUCUUUUCCGACAACGGGACCAACUUCGUUGGAGCUCAUAACUACCUUCGUGACCUUGGUCGCUUAUUGUCAGCUCCACAACAUCAGCAGAGUCUUUGUGAUGCUGCCUCGUCGUCUGGAACCGAUUGGCGAUUUAUACCCCCUUCCAGUCCUCACUUUGGCGGCCUUUGGGAGGCCGCUGUGAAAUCUGCUAAGCAUCAUCUCACUCGCGUUAUCGGCGAGCAGAAACUCACUUACGAGGAAUUUCUCACCGUCUGUACACAGGUUGAGGCUAUUCUCAACUCCCGUCCUCUGUAUCUUCCCUCAUCUGACCCUUCGGAUUUUGAGGCCCUCACACCGGGGCAUUUCUUGAUUUUCCGCCCCCUCAACGCUCCUCCUGACCAUGAUGUCAGUUCCGUGUCGGUGAAUCGCUUAUCUCGUUGGCAGCUAGUCCAGCGAUUCCAGCAGGAUUUUUGGAAGCGCUGGCGUCAGGAAUACUUGCAUACCUUGCAGCAACGUCAUAAGUGGUUGCAGCCGUCUACCCCUAUCCUUCCGGGCACUGUGGUCAUCAUUCGAGAUGAUGGUCUUCCUCCUCUGAAGUGGAGUAUCGGCCGUAUAUCAUCUGUUUUUCCCGGAGCUGACUCCACAACUCGUGUGGCUGAUGUUGCCACCCCUUCUGGGACAAUUCGGCGACCAAUCGUCAAGCUGUGUCCUCUUCCAAGUCAGUAGAUGACUUUCUUCUUUCGUCUGUUCACUCCUUUCAGUUGGUCUUACUGAAGGGAUCCUUCAGGGCGGGCGGCAUGUUAAGUCGUGAAAGAAGAAUGUUGUGUUGCCUAGGUGGUCUGCUUCGGGGGUUUUUUCGACCCGAGAACUAGCGCCAUACGGCUUUCGGCGAAAGCAUACAUCGCGACUUGCGUACGACAUAUAAGUCAAUGUCGUCAGUUUGUUUACCACGAGAACGUGCUUCUAAUAAAUUCAGAAAAGUUAUUAAAAUUCAUUGCUAUUCUAUCAUCUAAAGUUGAGGAAGAUUUGUUUCGCAAACUUCUCGUCACCAUACGAUUAUUCAUCUGUUUUCUUCGGUGAAGAAAUAUUCAUCUGCUUUCUUCGGUCAUCUGUUUGGACGGAAAAUUUGAGGUUGAGCAACCAAAACCAAAGGUGAAGUGCCCUUGGAGCCUUGUGCAACCGGUGGAGUGAUCGCCACGAAGCAAGUGCAGAGGAGGUUAUCCCCUUUUUCCCUCCUGGAGCCAAUUCUGCUACUGAGUUGAGUGGAGGAUCACAGGACUUCAUACGUCAACGUCGACUUCUGGGUGAGUGCCUUCAUCUGAUCGGUUGCUCAAUUUUCGUAAUUAUUUUCAUCUGAAAUUGAUCGUUGCAGUUGCCGA